UCCCAUUAUUUUUUCUAAGUAAAAUGAAACAGUCAAAUAGAAGCUCGUCUUCCUCUUCUCUUCACUCGUCGCCAUAUCUUCUCUUCACUCGUCGCCAUAUCUCGAGAUCCUCAGAUUUGUCUAAACUCAACAAAAGGUUUAUCUCCGUCUAAAUUUAGAAGAUAAACAUCUAUCUGUGAUUCGAAUUCAAUGCUUCACAUGUAAGUACAUUGUAUAUACUUUUCAUCUCCAUUCUCUGUAUAUAUAUACGCAUGUUUAAUCACUUUUCGGAUUCAACUGCUCAUGGAUUGCUCUCGAUUUGAUUUUACGGACGAAAACAGUUAGGGUUCUGAAUCAGUUGUUGUCUGAAAUUCUAGGUGUAGUUCUGGAACUGUAAUUAUCUGAUCAAUGAGCUUUGUUUUUAUGAAUUUAUGUUGAAUUUAAGCUAGAAUGUAUUUUUGGAAAUUUUUUUGACAAGUGAUAUAUACAAGAAUAUAUAUAUAUAUAUAAGUGAUUAAUCUGCGGAUUUGGUGAUGGUGUCUGCGAAUGAUCAUGUGGAGUUCUCCUUUAAUCCAUUUCAAGUUGUAAAGGAUGUGUUUUUGCCGCUCGAAUCUGGUAUAAGGAAGGCAGCGAAAGACUUUCAGCAUUGUUGGCCAGGCUCCAAGAAUGUGGCUAAUAAUAGCCUCGAAGUCGUUGCGACACAGUUGAAUCAGGGCAGUGCUAAGAAGGAGAAUAAGGUUCAGACCUGUUCUGUGAAGAAAAAGAGUUAUCAGUGUGUGAUUAGUGAUGAAAGAAAGAAGGAUUUGUCGAUAAAUGUGCCGAUUAAGAGUUUCUCGGGAAUUUUUUCUCAAAAUUGUGGGAGUAAUAAUGGACAUAAGAUUGACAUGUUGAACAAAGGGUUGAAAGGGGAUGUUGGUAAUGCGGAUGCGACUUGCUCGAAUUGCCUACAUUUUGCUGUCAUGUGGUCGUUGCUGCUUAAUGGUUUCUUUCAGUUUUUUCCAAGUCCUUUUAAAUCUGGUAAAAAGCGGUUUCACAAAACAGGUGAUGAGGACAAAGAUUGUAUGCAUUCAUGUGCACAGGCAUCCAAACCUUGGGUUUCAUGUGAAAUAAAGCGAAAGGAAUCAAAGGGUCUGUUUGUUGCAACAUUUCAGAAUGAGGAUUCAAAACAUAAAGAAGGAAUUAAUUUGUCAAUCGAAUGCUUCAUAGGUUUUGUAUGUGACCAGUUAACUCAAAAUCUUCAGAAGUUCAAUUUGGGUGUCCAAGAAAGCGAAUGCAAGAGCAAUGAUUCAUGUCCCACUCCUUGUGCUACCAAUCAGGUCAACCAUUUGAAGGCAGUCACUAAUAUUUUGGAAGGUAAAAGGGCAGAUGUAAAUGGGUUUUUGGGAAAUUGGAAGUUUGCCCGAGUGGGAGGCGUGCCGUCAAGUAGUGUGGGAGUUACUUCUGCUAAGGAAGGGGAUGAUGAUAGUGUUAUUGCAAGCAACAAGGAAGAAGCGGGGGAAAAUUCUACACGGAAGCUGGCAAAUGGAUUACUUAGUAUUCCCUUGUCAAAUGUUGAGCGAUUAAGAUCCACUCUAUCAACUGUUUCAUUGACAGAACUAAUCAAGCUUGUACCCUAUUUAGGACGAUCUUCCAAAGACUAUCUUGACAAGAAGAAGCUAUUCUCAGUCCAGGAUUUUUUCAGAUACACAGAAUCUGAAGGACGAAGGUUCUUUGAGGAGUUGGAUAGAGAUGGUGAUGGCCAAGUUACUUUGGAAGAUCUUGAAAUUGCUAUGAGAAAGAGAAAACUACCUCGGAGAUAUGCACAUGAAUUCAUGCACCACACUAGAAGUCACUUGUUUUCGAAGUCUUUUGGUUGGAAACAAUUCUUGUCAUUGAUGGAACAAAAGGAACCAACCAUUCUGCGAGCUUAUACUACUCUGUGUUUGAGCGAGUCUGGGACAUUGCAAAAGAGUGAAAUCUUGACAUCACUAAAGAAUGCUGGUCUUCCGGCUAAUGAGGACAAUGCUGUUGCCAUGAUGAGGUUUCUGAAAGCAGACACGGAAGAAUCUAUUUCUUAUGGACAUUUUCGGAAUUUUAUGCUUCUACUUCCAUCUCAUCGACUUCAAGAAGAUCCCCGGAGUAUCUGGUUCGAAGCUGCUACUGUUGUUGCUGUUGCACCACCUGUGGACUUACCUGCUAACAGUGUUCUGAAAUCUGCAUUAGCAGGGGGCCUGUCUUGUGCACUCUCUUGUGCAUUAAUGCACCCUGUUGAUACAGUAAAGACUCAAGUGCAAGCAUCAACACUCAACUUUCCUGAGAUUUUGUCAAAGCUUCCGCAAAUUGGGCUCCAGGGGGUAUACAAAGGCUCCAUCCCAGCAAUUCUUGGACAGUUUUCAAGCCAUGGCUUGCGAACUGGCAUUUGUGAAGCAAGUAAGCUUGUGUUAAUAAAUGUUGCUCCAAACCUUCCCGACAUACAGGUUCAAUCUGUAGCAUCAUUCUCUAGCACUGUCCUGGGGACAGCAGUACGGAUACCAUGUGAGGUAUUGAAACAAAGGCUGCAGGCUGGCAUUUUUGAUAAUGUUGGGGAGGCAAUUGUUGGUACUUGGAAUCAAGAUGGUCUUAAAGGUUUUUUCCGUGGUACUGGUGCCACUCUUUUCCGGGAGGUUCCAUUCUAUGUUGCAGGCAUGGGGCUUUAUGCUGAAUCCAAAAAGGUUGCCCAGCGUCUUUUGGGACGGGAUCUGGAGCCCUGGGAGACAAUUGUUGUUGGGGCUCUGUCUGGUGGGCUAACUGCUGUCAGCACAACGCCCUUUGACGUAAUAAAAACUAGAAUGAUGACUGCUCCUGGGGGACGGCGUUUGUCAAUGUCAAUGGUGACCAUCUUUAUUCUCCGUCGUGAGGGACCUCUUGGAUUUUUCAAAGGAGCGGUACCGAGGUUCUUUUGGGUUGCUCCACUGGGUGCCAUGAAUUUCGCUGGUUAUGAACUUGCUAGGAAAGCCAUGGAGAGAAACAAGGAUGAUCCCGUUGAGCAGCUCUCUCAAAAGAAGUUAGCCAGUUCUUGUUAAGUUUCCUUGAAGCUUGUGGGAUUUUGUUUCAUAAUCAUUGAAUGUCAAUGCUGCCAAAAGUUUUGAUCUUUUUCCAAAUUUUGGUAGCUGCAUUUGCUUCAAAUUUUAUCUGUCGACAUGUCUAUCUUUUUUCAAUUUGACAAUGUAAUCUCUUUUUUCUUUACUUGUUUUUGACCUGUGAAAAUGCCUGUGACGGCAUGCAUUAUGUUGUUCUUGGUUUAUUUUUGUAACCCAUUUUGUAUAUUUAUGUGCAGUUAACUGUUAUAUUUCCAUCUUUUGAUAUAUAACCUUCUGUUUUCAUUCUGGACUAAAA